AUUUUCUUCAUCUGAUAUCGUAUCUGACCGCCAUGUUUCUCACGCACAGUGACCAGCGGGGCCUAUAAGAGCCACACUGACCAGGUUUAGUUCACAGACAGCUCAGACUGACGGCUCAGCAUGGCUCAGAAGACGGUCCUGAUUGUCUACGCCCAUCAGAGUCCAGGUUCGUUCAACGCCGCAGCCCGUGACGUGGCGAUGGAGGAGCUGAGGGAGCAGGGAUACAGAGUCCUCGUGUCCGACCUGUACGCCAUGAAGUUCAAAGCUAGCGCCACGCGGGAGGACAUCAUCGGUGACCUGAAGAAACCGGAACUCUUCCAGUACGGAGAUGAGACCAUGUUCGCCUGGAUGGAAGGUCGGCUCAGCGAAGACAUCAUGGCUGAACAGAAAAAAGUGCAGGAGGCGGAGCUUGUCAUCUUCCAGUUUCCUCUCUACUGGUUUGGUGUUCCUGCAAUCAUGAAGGGCUGGAUUGAUCGAGUCCUGACUCAAGGCUUCGCUUUCUCCCUGGAGAAGAUGUACAACCAUGGGAUCUUUAAGGAUAAGAAAGCGAUGUUGUCCUUCACGACCGGAGCCACACAGACAAUGUUCAGACCGGACGGCAUCAACGGAGACAUCAACAUCAUCCUGUGGCCGCUACAGAAUGGGACUCUGCACUUCUGUGGCUUUCAGGUUCUCCCCCCUCAGAUCUUCUGGAGUCCGGCUCACGUUCCCCACGCUGUGCGGACCGCCAUGUUGGAGGGGUGGCGAGCACGGCUGAAAGGCCUGUUGGCAGAGAAAACCUUGACCUUUGCUCCCUGCGAGCUCUUUGACCUCAGCUUUCAGGGCGGGUUCCUGAUGUGGCCGACGGUGAAGGAGGAGAGAGAGUGCGAGCCGUACGGCCUCACCACGGGACACCACCUGGGCAAACCGCUCCCCCCCGACAACCAGAUCUCUGCUGAGUCCGCGGGAGAAUGUUGUGCCCAAGCAGAAUGCUGGAAGUAGACUGACCUUCUCUCAUGUGUCUGUAGACCUGUUCAC